GUGGGCGGGGAAGUGGACCUCUCCGGCGCCUUGCUCGUGUCGGUGCUGACGGCGACUGACACGCGGUGCUGGGCUCCUUUCGCUUGCCCUGAGACUCCCGAGAAGAAUGCCGAAGGCCAAGUCCGCGGCGAGUGGGCGCCGGCGCGAGCGGCUGGAGCAGAAAAGGGAGCUGAAGCGGGCCGGAGGACUCAUGUUCAACACAGGGAUUGGACAGCACAUUUUGAAAAAUCCUCUAAUUGUCAACAGCAUUAUCGAUAAGGCUGCGUUAAGACCUACUGAUGUGGUGCUAGAAGUUGGGCCUGGGACUGGAAACAUGACCGUCAAGCUGUUAGAAAAGGCCAAAAAGGUAGUUGCCUGUGAACUUGAUCCAAGGCUAGUAGCUGAACUUCACAAAAGAGUUCAGGGCACGCCUCUGGCCAGCAAACUCCAGGUUCUGGUGGGAGAUGUAUUGAAAUCGGAUUUGCCCUUCUUCGAUGCUUGUGUGGCAAACUUGCCUUAUCAGAUCUCCUCUCCUUUUGUCUUCAAGUUGCUGCUCCACCGACCAUUUUUCAGAUGUGCUAUACUUAUGUUUCAAAGAGAAUUUGCUCUUCGUUUGGUUGCAAAACCUGGAGAUAAAUUAUACUGCAGACUCUCCAUUAAUACACAGCUUUUAGCACGUGUGGACCAUCUAAUGAAGGUGGGGAAGAAUAACUUCAGACCGCCCCCCAAGGUAGAGUCCAGCGUUGUAAGGAUAGAACCUAAGAAUCCACCACCACCUAUCAAUUUUCAGGAAUGGGAUGGCCUAGUAAGGAUCACUUUUGUUCGGAAAAACAAGACACUGUCUGCUGCAUUCAAAUCAAGUGCAGUACAACAGCUGUUGGAAAGAAACUACAGAAUUCAUUGUUCAGUACAUAAUACUGUAAUACCAGAAGAUUUCAGUAUAGCAGAUAAAAUACAGCAAAUCCUAACCAGCACAGGUUUUAGUGACAAACGGGCCCGUUCCAUGGACAUAGAUGACUUUAUCAGGUUGCUACAUGGAUUCAAUGCAGAAGGCAUCCACUUUUCCUAGCCAUUUGAAAACAGGCUUUUUCCAAGACCAAGAAAAAAAUGAAAUUAUAAAUCUCUAUUAUUAUUAUCCAUGGUCAAAGUGGUUAAAUC